CAUAAAUAUGUGCAUAGCAAAUUAUUUCUUGCUCGAGUAUUUAUAUAUUUAUAAUAAUGUCGAGUAAAAGAAGAAAGCUAGAUUCUUCUACAAAACCUCGUAUGUUCAUCUGCCUUACCAAAAAGAACCAUUUUUCUGAAUUCAAUAUAGAGCUGAGUGCCGUCAGUGCUUUCGCAGCUAGAAAGGCACAAGCUGCUGCCCAUAGUACUGGCAGUCCAGAAAAGGAGACGAGAUCUUCUGAAAAUCAUACAAAAAUAGUUUCUCAGGGAGUGAGAAAUGAUUUCCCCUCCAGAAGUCUGACUCGGGGUAAAUCGAGUCAAGUUGGAAAUGACUUACCCUCUAUAAGCCCAGGCUUCAUUGCUGAGGGAAGUGGAUUCGGAGAAGACAUAGGGAAUCAUGUCAUGAGGUGUGUUGUUUACUCCUACUGCCUCUGUUAUAAUCCCUCUACCAAGUAUUGAUGUAGGACAGUUCUGAUUCACGUGAGCAGUCGCCUGAAGUGAUCUCCAACAGGCCAUCAAUGGUAUUAUCUACCUUCAGGCCCAACGAGGAUAAUACCAAAGUGCUCAAAAGCAAAACGUUGGUGUUGAAACUAGCACCUGGUGAGGUCAGUGAUCUUGAGUCUGUUAACCACAAAAUCUGACACUUCAUAGAGAUUGGUCAUUCUUGGACAAUGUAAUCUUGAGGUGGCCGAAGGACAAAUCACGAUUCUCGGGUCUGUACUAAAAGCUUCAAAAACUAAACAUCAAGUAUAUGCAGCGGCCUCACAUUCAUUACCCGUGAUUAGGUGUCCAGAUGGAGAACUCAACCCCGCCGUACUCCGUCUUCAUCAGUCUGACUGCGGGCUGAGAUCCUUGGAUUCUCUUUCUCCGCUCUUCGGGAAAUUAUGGAACGAGGACACGCGAGCAUUCAAAUCAGCACAUGGUCGUCUCUCUGCAAAGCUUGGAAAAAGCACAUUUCAGAUUGUACACAAAUCCUACUUGCAACCAAUCAGCUCCCCGCCAGAAUGGAACAAAACCUUAUCAAAAUUGUCCGGUACCCCUGGGGCAGGAAAACGAAUCAUGCUCUGUGGUCCUAAGUCGUCUGGAAAAUCAACCUUUGCAAAAUUGCUUGUCAACCGACUUCUCUCCGCAAGUCAGAAUGAUGCUCAGAGUUCCAUCCCGAACUCAAGAAAAGGUCCCGGUGUUGCACUACUUGAUCUAGAUCCUGGGCAACCCGAAUAUUCUCAUCCUGGUCAAGUAUCCCUCGUUCACAUUCAAGAACCAAACUUUGGUCCGUCAACUACUCAUCCUGUACCUGGGAUCAAGAGUCAUCUUAUUCGUGCACAUGCUCUAGGCGCAAUAUCACCAUCUAUGGACCCAAGUCUCUAUAUGUCAUGCGCACUCGACCUAUUUGCACAUUAUCAAAAUUUAUCCUCCCUCCAUUUCAAUUGCCCUUUGGUCAUCAAUACUCCUGGCUGGGUAUUAGGAACUGGGCUUGAAAUUCUCGUAGACUUAAUAGCCAAAGUGCACCCAUCAGAAGUCAUAUACAUGUCUAAAGAAGGUCCCGCUGAGGUCGUUGAAAGCUUACAAGACGCCGCUAAAACAACUCCUCUCAUUACUCUUCCUUCACAAACAAGUGAAUUCAUGACACGAACUUCUGCUCAUCUUCGUACAAUGCAGUCAAUGUCAUAUUUCCAUCUUGAUUCUACAAACAAGAAUGAACUUGCAUGGAGCUCAACGCCGUUAACAUCUGUUUCACCUUGGGAGAUAAAGUAUUCUGGCGAGAAUGCCGGUAUACUAGGUAUUAUGUGUUACGGCGAGCAACCACCUCUAGAUCUCCUUGCUGAAACUAUCAAUGGCUCUAUAGUGUCAAUUGUUGUUAUCGAGGAACCGGCUGCAAUACCAGGUUAUACUUUAUCCCAACAGGAAAAAGACAAGAAAGACGACCCUGAAACCCUUCACGAAUUCAACGCGCCUUUGACCCUUGAUCCUAUAAAAACUCCUCUGAUUAUGCCUACACCACACGAAAAACUCCCUUACUUCAAUCCUCUCAAUGCCAUAACUUUGGACCCUCAAUUUUCACAUACCAUCGGAACGGCUCUCAUCCGAGGAAUCGACAUAAAUCGUCAGCGCCUCCAAAUUCUCACCCCAAUCUCUCCAGAAGUACUCGAAGAACUCAAUGACGAGAACAAGAAAAUAGUUCUAGUGAGUGGAAAAUUAGAUACACCAGGCUGGGCGUAUACAGAAGAAUUAAUGAAGAGAACAUGGUUGGAAAAAGAAAAACGAAGGAAAGAAUUACAUGGUGAUGGUGAUGAUGAAGUGGAAGUAGAAGACGAUGAGGAUGAAGAUGAGGAUAAUGAAGAAGAAGAAGGAGGGGACAGCACCGCAGAAGAAGAAAGCUCAACCCCAAAUUCGACAUCUAAUAACACAGACAUGACAUUUCGCCAUACGCCCUGGGUGGAAAAACUUACAGGCUCUCAGGGAAGAGGUAUAGGAGCUAGAGUCUGGAGAGUAAGGAGAGAUUUGGGUAGGAUGGGUGAUGCGAAUUAAUUAUUAUCCUGUUGCAAUUGGUAUCACUAGUGCACCUCCCCUCGGGUGGUGAUAACCGGGGCGGGCUAUGAUCAUGAAUUGUAAGAUUAACCGAAGUGAUUCUAUUAAAAUUGUUGAUAUUAUAUGCGUUCGAGGCUGCUAUGUCUAGGAAUGUAAUAUCUAUAUAUAUGUGGUAGGCUAGAACUAAGAAAUACUAGUG